UAUUGCAGAACACAGUGUGUUGCCUUACCCAGAAUGAGACUGAGUUGUUUGCUUCAUUUUGUUUUGUUAUUCUGUGUUGCAGUAGCAGAUGCGUUAUCAAAAGAGAACUAUUUGGCUCCUUUAAUUCCUCCAAAAACAAAACAAAGCAUCAGUAUGUUGAGUUCUGCAGCACAGUGAUUGUAGGACUAAGUUAUGUAUAAGUCUGCUUUGCAGAUAUCUGAUCAGACAGUCCCUUCAUUCUGUAGAUGUGUGUUGAUUGGUCCAAGACACAGUGGGUGGGAGCUCUGUGAACCAGACAGAGCUGGACUAGAGAGUACCGUUCCAACUUGGCAGUUCUCUAACGAUUCUGUAUAGCUUCUGACCUGUACUGAAGCAAGAGUUUAGAUCACUAAUGGAGAGGCAUAGUAAUCUGUGUGCUUUGGAAAAAUAAUAUGUAAAAGGUUUUUUCCCUUUUUUUUUUUGCACUUUAAAUCUGUUUUGAAAUUAGAACUGAUACCCAUUUGUUUGAAUAAUGCGUAACUAUUUUAGAUCUAUUUUAAUGAACAAUUUUUAUCAUUUCCCAAGCUGCAUAUUUAUUAUAAGCAUGACAUGUUUACUAUAAACCUUUUGCCCCCAUAAUUUCUUUUUUUAAAAGGAAAUUAAUGUUAGUGAAAUGUAUCAAACAGCUCUUUAAUGGAAGCUGCAACCUUUUGGUUACCCAAAUAGACAAUAGAUGAUGGCAUCACAGACUUUAUCUACACACUUUCAGGUCUGACCAGUACCUCUGACAAUACCUAGCCAAUUUGGAAGGGGAAGCCUGCAGUGAUCUAGCUGUAUAGCUUGGGGCUUAAUUUGAGCUUCUGAGAUGACAGUUUUUGUGAUGUCACAUUUCAGUCUCAAAACAUAGGCUGAAAGCACUGAUUACUCAAAAAGUAAGCAAACAAAUACCUGCUGAAUCUACUAUGGACAGAUACAUCAGGGGAAAAUGUAUGUGUACAAUCCAAAUUUAUAAUAUAAUUGUCAUUCCUUGACUUUGCCUUGUGUAGCCUCUGUUGAACAUGAAAUUAUUAGUACUCUAGGCUUUGAAUAGCCUGGGCUCAUUUGAAGUCCUUCCUUAGGAGUAAGCUUUUAUAUACACUGCUAAAUCUGUGCUGAGAAUCAUAAAACAGUAACCAGCUGAGGUAGUUAUGAUUCACUUUCCCCCUACCCUAAUUUGAGAUGAAGUGAAGGACCUAGGCUAGUAUUUCAUGUUGUGUGAGUGGACUUUGGUUCCUUCACUAUUGUCUUAGUUAUUGAGUCUUUCUUUGCCGGUGGAUUCCCACUCUUCAUUUUAUCUUAUUAGUGAUAAAUCACUUUAGGUAUAUUCUGUAUGACAGCCAUCAGAUGUUAAGGGUGUAUGCUGGCCUUUUCCAAGAAAAGGCCACCUUAACUUGUAUGAGGAAAAAAAUCCUAACUAUUCUUUUUUGUAUCUUUUUUUCCUUAACUGUUCAGAUUGUAUAUUUUUAAGAAACCACUUAAUUUGUGAUGCACAUAAUAUUUAUGUGAAUUUAAGAAUAUGUCACAAUAGAAAAAAGCAGAAAUGAUAGUUGGAGGACAUGUUAGGAGGACAACAAUAUUUAAACGUCAAAUGUUUUACUCUCAGCUCCACUAACUGUUUUUAUGGAAGAAGCUAAAAACUCUGUUGUAAUUACUAUAAGUUCACUUAUUUAUACUUUUAAAUUAGGCUUUUCAUACUUAUUUAAUUUUUUUAACAUUUGCUUUUAAUGUUUGUUUCUUAAUAUAGAAAUUGUAUGAGUAUUUAAAAAAUCAAAUCCUUAGGAUGAUAGAUAUAUUUUUAAACAUUCACCUCAUUAACAAAUAGAUCUUUGAAUUUUUAUUACGUUUUUUGGCUCCAGACAACUCUUUAGCUUUAAUGAUAUUUCUAAAUUCCCAGUGACUCAUUAAUAAAAACAGGAAAAAUAUUCAGAUAAUGUCAUAAAAUUUAUUUUACCUUCCUCAUUUCCUGAGAAAAUAAAUAAAUGAACAAAACCUGAUAUUGCUUUAUUACCAGCAGUGGUAUGUAUAGGUUUUUGUAUGUUUGGAAAUUUGACACAAAAAUUAGGGAAUUAGUUUAGAGAAAUUUCCUUCUUAUAAAAGGACUCCCAUUUGAUUGUUCAAAACUGUGAAAUGCACUUUUACUUUACCAUGUCUGAAAUGACAAAAUAUCACCCUUUGGAAAACCCGACUCUUUGCACGUGUAAUUCCCAGAGUCUACCUCAGUUAACCAGGCUUGGUUUUAGGCAGGAAUGAAUUGAAUUAAAUUCAGUUCAUCAUCUAUGCAGAUUUGUUUCUUUUAGCACGUUCUUCCCUUCCGCUGUUUCCCUCCUCCCAUUAACCUUUCUUUUUAAUCUUAAAAUUGUUUAAAAUAUUUUGUCUUUCUCUAGCAAAGUGUGAUAUUCCAAAUUAAGCCUCUGUGAAAUGUCUGAAUUAUGUUUCCCUUCUUUGUUACAGCCAGCGUCAUUAUUUGGACGUAUUGCUCUCUAAGCAGCAGUUUCAAACAGCAGACAUCUAUUUUAUUGUAGUUCUGUAAAUAGAAACUAAUGUGAUCACAUUAAAAAUUGUGGAGCCUACAUGUUCCUAUGUUCAUUCUCUAAAAACCUGAGUAACUUUAUGAAAACACACAAACCUGGACAAAUGUCACGUUUUUACUGACAAAUGUAUAUUUAUAUGAUGAUAUGGCAGCCGGGAGUGGCGCCAGUUAACAUGGUUGUGGACACAGUGUCCAGCAGGAUCACUGCAUGUUACGAUGGCUUGUAAGUGCGUUGUUAGACUUUGGUUUCAGUGUUUGUUUCCCCAGUAUUUGAGCCUAAUUUAAAGAAAAAGACGUUCCAAGUUGUAUUUAUUAAAUGUGUUUUUCCUUACAUUUUGUGCUGCUACUUUGCUAAUCUCAUUAACUUAGUUGUAUUUGUGCAUAGGUUAUACUUUGGUAAUAAAUUUAGAUAGUGUUGGUUGUCA